UUAUUGUUGUCCUUUACGCGAACGCAUAUAUUCUUUCAAAGCUGCUCAUCAGAACUCAUACCUUAAUUCCUCCCAUCCCAUUACUCAUAACCAUGCCUGGUGAGCAAGAAAUUUCUCAGACUUCUUCACGCAUGCAUAACUACAUCUCCGAGGAUGAAUCCGAAACUGAAGAUCACGAAGACCACGAGGUACAAGAAGACGACGCAGAGAGUGAUGGAAGUACUACAUCUCAUGGAGGAAAUUUUGAGAACUGCUUGUACAACAUGUGUUCGUCGCGGCAGAGGAGGAGGCCCGGUUGGUCACUCGGCCAAGUUCUCGACCCGAGAGCAAAAUGGGUUCAAGAAUGGAACAGGGUUUUCCUCCUUGUGUGUGCAACGGGGCUCAUCAUAGACCCUCUCUUCUUCUACGCCUUAUCCAUUAGCCAGAGCUGUAUGUGUCUGUUUGUGGACGGGUGGUUCGCCAUCACGGUGACGGUGCUCCGCUGCAUGACGGACGUGUUGCACUUGUGGAACAUGUGGUUGCAGCUGAAGAUGGCCAAACGCUACUCCUUCACGGCCAUGGUUGGCGGGGAUGGUGGAGGAGCCAAUGGGCUGCGCGACACUAGUCCAAGGUCUGUGGCUCUCAAGUACUUGAAGUCGAAGAAGGGGUUUUUGUUUGACCUCUUUGUUAUUAUCCCCAUACCCCAGAUAAUAUUGUGGGUGGUAAUUCCUUCGCUAUUGGAGAGAGGAUCGGUGACCGUAGUGAUGACAGUGUUCUUGAUGUUUUUCUUCCAAUAUCUCCCAAAGAUCUAUCACUCUGUCUGCCUCCUGCGUCGGAUGCAAAAUCUCUCUGGCUACAUUUUUGGAACUGUUUGGUGGGGGAUAGCCCUCAACUUGAUUGCAUAUUUUGUCGCUGCCCAUGCUGCAGGAGCAUGUUGGUACUUGUUAGGAAUCCAAAGGGCAGAGAAAUGCUUGAAAGAGCAAUGCAGAGAAACAAGUGGUUGUGGCCUCAGAAUAUUAGCUUGCGAGGACACUAUUUACUAUGGAGCGACAAACACUCUAAGAGAAGCAGCGAGACUAGCCUGGGCGGAGAACAGAAAAGCACGGUCGACGUGCUUAGACAAUGCCGAUCAUUACGAUUAUGGAGCUUAUUCAUGGACUGUUCAGCUUGUCACAAAUGAUAGCCGAUUGGAGAAGAUCCUUUUUCCCAUCUUUUGGGGCCUAAUGACUCUCAGCACCUUUGGAAACUUGGAAAGCUCAACCGAGUGGUUAGAGGUUGUUUUCAACAUCAUUGUUCUAACCAGUGGGCUGCUUUUGGUCACCAUGUUGAUAGGAAACAUAAAGGUGUUUUUGCAUGCCACAACAUCCAAGAAACAAGCAAUGCAAUUGAAGAUGAGAAACAUAGAGUGGUGGAUGAGGAAGAGGCAGUUGCCUCAAGGGUUUAGACAGCGGGUGCGAAACUACGAGCGUCAGAGAUGGGCCGCCAUGCGUGGCGUAGAUGAAUGUGAGAUGAUCAGAAAUCUCCCUGAGGGCCUCAGGAGGGACAUCAAAUACCAUCUUUGCUUGGACUUAGUGAGACAGGUGCCAUUGUUCCAACACAUGGAUGAUCUGGUUCUUGAGAAUAUUUGUGAUCGCGUGAAGUCUCUUAUAUUCCCGAAAGGAGAAACUAUAACUAGAGAAGGAGAUCCAGUUCAAAGAAUGUUGUUUGUAGUAAGGGGUCACCUUCAAAGCAGCCAAGUUCUCAGAGAUGGUGUGAAAAGUUGCUGCAUGUUAGGCCCUGGCAACUUCAGCGGCGAUGAGCUUUUGUCAUGGUGUCUCAGAAGGCCCUUUAUAGAAAGACUACCACCAUCUUCCUCCACAUUAGUCACUCUUGAAACCACAGAGGCAUUUAGCCUUGAAGCUGAGGAUGUGAAAUACGUGACACAACAUUUCCGUUACACAUUCGUGAACGAAAAGGUUAAGAGAAGUGCAAGGUACUACUCGCCUGGUUGGAGGACUUGGGCUGCUGUGGCGAUUCAGUUGGCUUGGAGGAGGUACAAGCACCGUUUAACGCUAACUUCUUUGUCCUUUAUAAGGCCUAGGAGACCUGUGUCAAGGUGUUCUUCAAUGGGAGAGGACAGGCUCAGAUUGUAUACGGCCUUGUUGACGUCUCCAAAGCCAAAUGAUCAAGAUGAUUUUUUUGAUUGAUUAUAGAGAUCAGUCAAAGGCUGUGUGCAUUGUAAGUUUGGUUAUGUAUUAAUGUCUCAAUUUUGUAUAAAUAGAACAAAGGGAGGCCAUGAUAUUAAUGGUGUCUUGGGUAAUAAUUAAGUAAGUACAAUUAUGAGAAUGUAAGGGGCAGUAAUAAUUAAGUAGAAUUAUUAAAAUCUCUAUUAGCA